UUCGUCUUUAUACCAACUGGAUGAAGAAAACGUUACUGUUGUGGUGGAGUUUGUAUAAUCUAACGUCGCGUAUAACUGGUAAUUAAAUACAUACAUUACGAUUAUAUAUCAAAUAUAUAUUUUGUGAAUGACUUAAUUUGCAAGUUAGUCCUGAAAGCUUUUUAGAAUGACAGGAUAUUUUAAUGAGCUGUUAGCUCGUUUUAGAGACGCGUUAGCAUGCAGAUGUAAACACGUUACUAGAUCAGUCUGUAAAUAGACUUCAACGCUGCACGUGACGCUGGGAGAUAAAGUCACAGCUUCUUUCGCGGGGAAAAAGUCUCAUGGUCCUAGUUCCUGUGCCAAAUCUGUGUCUCCAGAUUUGUGCACCCCGGGGAAAGAAGAAAGAAAAGAUGAUCCGUGAAAAGGAAAAGCAGCUCCAGCGUUUUCCAGCGGAGUCUCGCGCCUCCAUCCCGUCUCUGCUGUCUCUGUCUAGAUCUCCACCUUUCCUCCUGUCAGAUGUUCACCUGCGCCCAGGAACACGAAUGCCAAGCAGAGGACCUCCCGGAGGACAUUCGUUUCCAUCUGCACAGACUGUUAGACCUGCCGUCUCACAAGGCCUCCUCGGUCCCUACCCACUGCUGCAGCACACAGUGCCCAUGCCCCGACGACCAGAGAUGCCACCGUGUCAUGGGAAGCAGCUACACCCACCUUAUUUGUCUUCAGGAGGCGGCCGGUCUCUUCUCGGCGCCCCUCCCGUCGGUGUUCCACCGAGGACCCCACGUAUGGCUUUUAUACCUGAACAUCACCAUGAGUCACGUGGAACUUUCAUGAAUAAGAACGACUCUAUGCACAAUCUUCAGAGAAAGAGGCAAAACGGCCAUGUUGCAGCAGAGAAAAGUAAUGGGCAGAUGAGCAAAUGUAGAAUAGAUGUAAAAACGUCAAAAGAGGGAAAGAAACUGGAAGCAUCUGCUGAAAGUCAGGCCGCAUCCUCUGAGCAAACAGAGCCUACUGGGAAAAAGCAGAAGAUUCAUGGCACUAAUGAAUUGGUUGAAGAGUGUGAAGGUGGAGAUGCAGAGCAAAAACCAGCAGAUUCGUCCACUGUCCAUGAGCAGGAAGGCUACAUGCACGGUUAUGCAGAGGAGGAAUGCCCAUCUGCUGAAGCUGACAAGGAAGUGGAGCAGAGCAGGACAGCAGAGGUGCUGGGUGUAGGCACAUCUCUUAAGGUAACCAUUCAGCGCAGCAGCGAGAGUCGAGCCUUCAGCACCGGGUCAGAGGAGGCAGCAGCUGCUGCAGGCCUGGGCAUGGACAAAGACAUGAACAUGACAGCGAACAAAUACUGCUGCUAUAUCUGCAAUGUCACUUCUCCUGACCAACAUGACUUUCAGACUCACAUGAUCAGCUUGGAACACCAGCAGAAGAUGAUGGAGAUUCAGCACCUGAGUAACACCUGCCUGGCAACACUGCUACCCAAAAUGCACCAAUCACUACAGGGCAAAUGCAGAGGACUGCAGCGCUGGUGUGCAAUCUGCCAGUGUCACUUUACUGGUGAUCUUAUCGAACACAGAAGAACCAAGAAGCACAAGAUGGCAAAGGUCUCUUCCAGACCAUUCUGCACAGUGUGUGAACGACACUUCAGAACUCCUCGCAAGUUUGUGGAGCACAUGAAGUCCCCAGAGCACAAACAACAGGUUGAGGAGCUAAAAGAAGAAGGAGGACCUGAAGUCAUGGAGGAACUCAUAACAUUAGACGCCAUAGGUUGCUUUGAAGAUGAAGAUGACUAUGAGGAAGAUGAAAGUGAAGAAAAGAAUGAACACAUGGUGUCUGAACAGGUCAAUCCAGCAGAGAUUAAUGAUAAAGUGUAUGAUGCAGACACACAAUAUGGCACCAGUUUUGUAGUCCCGGUAGCAGGCUUCCUCUGUAAACUCUGCCAUAAGUUCUACCACUUUGAGUCCCGAGCUCGAGAGACACACUGCAAGUCUCUCACUCACUACCAGAACUUACAGAAGUACAAGGCUCUGCUGAACCUACCUCAGAAGGAUGAUGAGAAAACAACCAGUUACUUGGGUAAGGUUCAGAAUGUUGAGAACAGCACUGUGGAGAUGAAGGACAGACAUGAAGAAGAGGAGAACUCUGAAAACCAUUACACAGCCAGCUGCUGCCCUCACGAAGAAGCAACACUCAAAAUCCCCCCACAAAAGUCCAACCUCAAAACCACUGCCUGAGUCCUCGGUCACACAAAACCCUAAUAUGGUUUUAAAGCAUCUUACUGCUGAAAAACAUCUCUGAUUGUGGUUCUUCAGGACAGGAAAAUAAACCUCUUAGUAAGUCUACGGAAACAUUGAUGUCCCAGUGAUGUGCAUAUGACCGAGUCAGUGCUUUGGUUUUAUCAGUGCUUUAUAAAACCAUGUCUUUCUUUAUCAUAUGCAACUUCUGGAGCUCUGACCAUGUACAUUGCAGUGCAAAAGUAAUUGGACUGUGAUUUUUUUUUUUUUCCUCUAAUUUAUUAUUUUGUUUGAUAACUUUUUAAUUUUAUUAUAAUAUUUUAUCUUAUCGUUUUUCUUGGAUUGUUUUAAUUUUUAAUCUAAUACUAAAUAAAAUUGGAUAGAAAGAUAGUAAGUUUAUUACUGGAUAGUACAUACAGGAACAUUAAUUUAUCAGUUUACCUCAUCACUAUUUAAAUUUUUAUCCUGUGUGCUAUAGUACUGAACCAAAGUAAAUAUUAUCCCUGUCUCAGUUCCUUGGGUCAUCCUGGUGGGCUACGCAUUAUAACUCAAUACUUGCUUUGUUUGUGUUAAUAUAUCCUAUGUUUUGUUUUUUAGUUGGCUACUUUUUAAACCUUUUGAGAAUUAUUUUGUUAUUUAUUUAUAUAAAUAUAUUUGUUUUUAUUUUUAAUUAAAGAACAUCUUUUGUGCAA